UUUGUUUUACAGAUGGGAUUUCUGGAUCUGUUUUCUGCUGCUUCUAUGCCUAUUCUCAAGGUUCUGAUAGUUACUGCACUUGGCGCAUUUCUUGCACUGGAUUCUAUUGAUAUCUUGGGACAAAGUACAAGGAAGCAAGUCAAUAAUAUUGUGUUCUUUGUGUUCAAUCCAGCACUUGUGGGCAACAAUCUUGCUAGAACAAUCACUCUCGAAAGCAUCAUUUCUAUGUGGUUUAUGCCUUUGAAUAUUCUUAUUACAUUCAUAAUUGGGUCAGCACUUGGAUGGGUGCUUUUGAUAAUCACUAAACCACCGAAACAUCUAAAGGGCCUCAUCCUAGGUGCAUGUGCAGCUGGAAACAUGGGAAACUUGCCUUUGAUUAUAAUCCCAGCUGUAUGCAAAGAGAAAGGAAGUCCCUUUGGUGAUCCUGAUGUUUGCCAUGAGUAUGCCAUGGCUUAUGCUUCAUUAUCUUUGGCAAUUGGAGCCAUAUAUUUGUGGACUUAUGUGUACAACCAAGUACGGAUAUUCUCGGGUCAUUCCCAAGAUACUAGCAACACUGUUGUCGAAGAGACAGUAAUCAUACAAGAGGAUUUGACUGAAACCUUGCUUCAAUCAUCUUCACUUAUUCCUGGUAACAAGAAGGGAACAGUGAAGGUAUUAGAUAGAAUGAAGCAACAUUUGGGGUAUAUUUCAAGACUGGUUAAUUUAAAAGUGUUGUUCGCACCAUCAACCAAUGGAGCGAUUGUGGGUUUCAUUGUGGGAACAAUCGCGCCAAUUCGCAGGCUAUUAAUAGGCACUACAGCUCCUCUUCGGGUGAUACAAGAUUCUGCAUCGUUAGUAGGGGAUGCCGCAAUCCCAACUACUACAUUGAUUUUGGGUGCUAACCUCUUACGAGGUUUGAAAGGAUCAUCUCGUGUCUCGUUACCAAUUGUGUUUGGAAUUGUAACAGUUCGGUUAGUUGUGUUGCCACUUUUUGGCAUUUUAAUCGUGAAGGGAGCUGUUUAUGUGGGCUUAGUGCAUGCAGAUCCUCUUUAUCUAUUUGUUCUUCUCCUACAGUUUGCGCUUCCACCUGCGAUGAACAUUGGUACGAUAACACAGUUAUUUGGAGCUGGUGAGAGUGAAUGUUCAGUGAUUAUGUUGUGGUCUUAUGGUUUGGCUUCUAUAUCACUCACCCUUUGGUCGAUGUUCUUCAUGUGGCUUGUGGCUUGAUUCAUUAUUUUAUUACCAAUCAAAAAAUUUUGUAAAAUAGUCACUUUUAAUCUUAAAAUAUGUUGUCAUCAAAUUGACAUUGUAAUAAUGCUGGUGAACUACCAAACUACUCAUAAAGUUUCAAUUGGUACGGGAGACGCUCAAAAUUAUCAAAAUAUGAAAUUGCAUGAGGUUCUAUUUUUUAAAACCAACUGACAAUAGAAUGGAGUAUUCAUCGCCUUAUAUUCUA